AUGUCCGGGUUCAGCUUUGGUGCCGGCGGUGGCGAAGCUAAGAAGCCGGCCGGAGCUGGAGGUUUCUCCUUUGGGGGGGCUCAACCUACUGCGACGCCCGCGGCUGGUGGUACUUCUUUUUCGUUUGGUACGGCUGCUACACCUGCGGCAACGACGACAACUUCUACUGCUGCGCCAUCGUUCAGCUUUGGUACGGCUGCUACGCCUGCGGCAACGACGACAACAACUUCUACUGCUGCGCCAUCGUUCAGCUUUGGAACGAAGCCAGCAUCGACGACGACGACGACUUCCACUGGAGGUGGUCUCUUUGGUGCUGCGACAACUGCUACAACAACAACUGGAGGAGGCGGUCUUUUCGGCGCAGCACCAGCAGCAGCAGCACCAGCAGCACCGGCCGCAGCAGCAACAACAACUGGGGGAGGCGGUCUUUUCGGUGCGGCACCUGCAGCCACGCCAACUGCGGCCACACCUGCCGCGCCAUCCUUUAGCUUUGGUGCGGCUAAACCUGCGACGACAACGCCAGCCGCUGGAGGAAGUGGACUCUUUGGUGCGGCCAAACCAGCGACGACAAAAACAGAAGCGGCCAAACCCGCUGCAACAGGUGGUAGUCUUUUUGGGGCUGCAGCAGCGCCGGCAUCUACUCCAGCUGCUCCAACGACGACAACGGCAGCGGCGGCAACAACGACAAAAUCAACAUCUUCCGCCUUGGCGCCUCCGCCGGUGAAUUUAUCGAGACCGACCGACUUGGUCGGCAAAUCCGUCGGCGAAACGUUACAAUACUGGAACAAAGAACUCGCGCAAAGAACCGCGGAUUUUAAGAAAAAAGCACAAAUAAUAGCAGAUUGGGACGAGCAAAUCGUCGAACGGCGGAGGGAACUGUUCGAGAUGCAAGUCGAUUUAGUCAACGCGAAAUCCCAACAAGACGUCAUGGAACGGCAAAUUCGCGUCAUCGAACAACACCAAGAAGAUACCGAACGCGCGUUGACGGACAUGGAAAACGGCGUCGAUCGUUUGUACCAACAAUUAGGCGAAACAUUAGACGUCGAUCGAGACGUCAGCUCCACGGCUCGUUUAUACGGAUUAGCCGAGCAAGUCUCCGGGCAGAUUUUACAAAUCGGCAACUCCUUGCGAGACGCGAGCAAAACAAUUUCUCGUUACCAAGCCAUGCAAGAGCAGAGAGGUUUACGGAAAGGCGACGGCGAUGCCACGCGAAGUUUAGUCUCCGCGCUGAACAAUCAACUCAGCGCGUUGAAGCACAUCGAUAGACAGUUGGAUCUCGCCACGAAUAGGAUCGAGAAAGAUCGGUUUUUAUCAUCAUCGAAGUAA